GCCUGGACAAAGCCGAGAGCGGAUUUUGCCUCCGGACAGUAGCCAAGUGUCCUCAGUCCUACAACAUGGCUAUGAACAGUCCAGGAUCACCAACACAGGACGAAACGAGAUUCAAUACAAGGAACCUGCUGAAAAGUGUGGCUAUGAGUGAAUCCAGCUCCAUCCACAGCGACAGACUGUACAGCAUAGCCAGAGAAGUCUCUGGAAUGGGGCUUGAUGCGUUUGACUACAUGGAGGAGAGUUCGAACUCGGUGGUAAACAACUUCUUGGAUGGCAUGGGGCACGAGCCAGGCAAAGGGCUGUACUUUGCUGAUGGGAAAAAGAAGGUGGACUAUGUACUGGUAUACCGGGUAACCUCAGUGGUUCAGGACUCUCCAGGACAGCACCGGCUCUCAGUCAUCUCCAAUGGCAGCUUUCCCCAGGCAGGUAGCAAAGAGGCUGAAGCAGUGAAGGAGGACAAUGCUGAGGUUGUAGUGGACAUGGGACCAACCGAUCCGGCUGAGUGUGACAAACUCAGGAUCCGAGAUGAGUUUGAGACCCACCUGAGGGAAGCAGGAUUGCACAUUGAGCGUGACAAUGAGCACAAGGUUUACGGUCAGGGAUUUGUCCGACUACAUGCCCCUUGGCAGGUGCUUAGCAGAGAGGCAGAGUUUCUCAAGAUCAAGGUUCCCACUAAAAAGAGCUAUGACCUGAAAGAAGAAAAGGGUCUGUCAGCAACUAUGAACACAGUGUGGAGAAAGUUGAACCAGCCAUUUCAACCCAACAUCCCUCACAUGCAGCAGCAGAGCCGCACAAAGUUCCUCUCUCACAGCUUCUCCCGGGACAAGCUCCAUCUGUACAACAUUGAGUGCAAGGACACCUUCUUCGACAAUGCCACAAGAAGUCGAAUUGUGUACGAAAUCCUUAGACGCACCGCCUGCACACGGACCUGCCAAACCAUGGGCAUCACUACAUUAAUAGCUAAAGGAGUGUAUGACUCUGCCUUCCCUCUGCAUGAUGGAGACUUCAAGGACUCUAGGCAAGCAGAACAAAAAAACGACAGACAGUUGUUACAUGAUGAAUGGGCAAGAUAUGGAGCAUUUUACAAAUAUCAGCCCAUUGAUCUUAUAAGAAAAUACUUUGGGGAGAAGAUAGGUCUCUACUUUGCCUGGCUUGGUGUUUACACUCAGCUGUUGGCUUUGGCAUCUGUAGUAGGCAUCAUCGUGUUCCUGUAUGGUUGUUUCACCAUCGACUCAAAUGUUCCUAGUCUGGAGAUGUGUGAUGAGAAACAGAACUUCACUAUGUGCCCUCUUUGUGAUCGAGUCUGCGAUUAUUGGCACCUGAGCACAGCCUGUGGCACUGCCCGUGCCAGCCACCUCUUUGAUAACCCAGCCACUGUCUUCUUUGCCAUCUUCAUGUCCCUCUGGGCGGUAAUGUUUCUGGAGCAUUGGAAGCGCAGACAAAACAGUUUAAACUACAGCUGGAACAUGACUGGAAUGGAGGAAGAAGAGGAACGAGCAAAGGAGCAUCCCAGACCUAAAUAUGAAACACUGCUCCUUCAGAAGAGACAGAAGAAGCGGAGAAACAGAAAAAAGAACAAAAGUGAGCCUCAGAAAAGUGUGGAGGAGAGCAGCGAUCCAGGCAAGGACAAAUGGAGACAGCGGUUGCUGUCUGCCAUGGCUACAGGGAACCUGUCUGGAGAUGAGAGACUUACAUGGAGAGAUCGGUUUCCUGGUUAUUUCAUUAACGUGUCCUCCAUUUUACUAAUGUUUGGCGUAACGUUUGCUGCUGUGUUUGCGGUCAUUAUGUACCGCAUUACCGUUUCUGCCACACUGGCCAUGAGUCCUGACCCCCAGAUCAAAGCCAGUGUGCGUGUGACCGUCACAGCCACAGCCGUCAUUAUCAACCUAGUUGUCAUCCUCAUCCUGGACGAGAUCUAUGGCUCCGUGGCUGCGUGGCUCACAGAGCUGGAGAUUCCAAAGACAGAGACCGGCUUUGAGGAGCGUCUAAUUCUGAAAGCCUUCCUCCUAAAGUUUAUGAAUGCUUAUGCACCUAUUUUCUAUGUAGCCUUCUUCAAGGGAAGGUUUGCAGGUCGGCCUGGAGAUUACGUUUACGUUUUUAACCAGUAUCGCAUGGAAGAGUGUGCCCCUGGUGGUUGUCUGAUUGAGUUAUGUAUUCAGCUCAGCAUCAUCAUGUUGGGAAAACAGCUAAUUCAGAACAACGUGUUUGAGAUCGGUAUCCCGAAGCUAAAGAAGCUGUUCCGCUCCCUAAAGGAAAAGAAGCGAGCUCCUGAAGUGCAUGUGGAAGAGACAGGCCGUAAUCUACGUCAGUGGCACCUGGACUAUGACCUAGAGCCGUUCGAAGGCCUUACACCCGAAUACAUGGAGAUGAUAAUCCAGUUUGGAUUUGUCUCCCUCUUUGUGGCCUCUUUUCCCCUGGCUCCUCUUUUUGCUCUCUUGAACAACAUCAUCGAGAUCCGACUGGAUGCUAAGAAGUUUGUCACUGAGCUGCGCAGACCAGAUGCCGUGAGAGCACAAGAUAUUGGAAUCUGGUACAAUAUUCUAAAUGGACUGGGCAAGUUUUCAGUUCUCAUCAAUGCUUUUGUCAUCUCCUUUACAUCCGACUUCAUUCCACGAUUGGUAUAUCAAUACUUGUACAGUCCGAGUGGCACCAUGGAUGGCUUCAUCGACCACACACUGUCCUACUUCAAUGUCAGUGAUUUUCAGCCAGGCACAGCACCUGCUGCAUCCACUUACACAGUGUGCCGGUAUAAGGAUUACAGGGAGCCACCCUGGUCUUCACAGCCUUACCAGUUCUCCAAACAGUACUGGUCAAUCCUAGCAGCCCGACUGGGAUUUGUAAUCUUAUUCCAGAACCUGGUAAUGUUCUUAGGCCUCCUGGUGGCCUGGGUGAUCCCGGAUGUCCCCAAGAACAUCAGUGAGCAGAUUAAGAGGGAAAAGACCCUGCUUGUAGAUGUCUUCAUGAAGGAGGAGAAGGAGAAGCUUCAGCUAAUCCAUAACCUUUUCUCUAAAGAAUCAGGCCAUUUGGUGCUGCAGGAGCCCAGGAAGCAAGUGCUGACAGUUUCUGAGCCCCAGGCUCCCUUGCCCAACCUCACACAAGCUGAUGAUACCAACUCUGCUUCUCGUCCCCGUACCCGUGCACGUGCUGCAAGCUUUAGCCAAUUUACCCGCCAGACCUCUGUGUCACCCAAUCAUGAGGGAGGCACACAGACAGCAGUGUGAAAUAAGCAAUUAAGAGUCAGCAAGAGGGGUUAGCCGGCCAUGAGAUCUUCAGAGUGCCCAUAAUUAAAAUGGAGGACUGGCAGAGGACGAAGGGUAGAGCUAAGCUUUCCACUGAGUUCUUGAGGUGAAUUAGAACCCUCCAUACUGUGGUUCUCACUGAAGCGAAUGCAAGAGAUCUAUAUCUAUAUCUGUACUGUAUGUCUGAGCAUAUGUCCACAGGCGGCGUGUUUUGGCUGCUUUUAAAGCUGUGAUGUAUCCACGCAGUCCGCAGAGGCAAUCGCAUCCUAAGCUAAGGCUUCAUAGGACCGCUUGCCAUAGGACAUCAUCCCAUGCACAAUGCAACUGGUUGAGAGCACAGACACCGGAAUGAAAGACCAGGAAUCUCAUCCGUGGGGCCUCUCGCACAUAUUUCCCCCAUCUGUUCUUAAGCUAAGAGGAACACGUGUUUUGACAGGAUUCAAAAAUUAAUGUUCACAUCUGGUCCAUGUUCACUGAACAAUUUGUGACACUACACAAACCCAAACUGCUUUGCGAACUUUUUGAAAUGUAGCGUAUCACAGCAAAUAAUUAUUCUCUUUCAUUUUCUCAGGUAACACCUUCACUGUAGGCUUUAUUUAUUUAUCUGAAUAAUGUUACAGCUCUUUGUUUAUUAGAGACUAUGAAACGUUUUUCAAUAAGGGAUAAGAAACAUGAACUACAAUAUUGCACAAAUUGUAUUGUACAAAAAAAAAAAAACAAUACAUAAAAGUUGAUGGGUGUCAAAUUUGUUACAGAUCUCUUUCUUUAAAGAUGGAAGUCAAAGUGAAUGUUUAGUUUUCUCAUAAGUAAACUGGAUGAUAAGGCUGUCUGUGUUACCAGGUAAGGUUUUGUUUGUGCUUAGGGUCAAUUAAUAAGCUGUUUCACUCUUACAACUCAAUAUUUAUGAUUAUUGUUGUUUUAUUUUAAUGAACUCCUGUUGUAUGUAUUAACAGCAAUGUCACACUUGGAAAAGGCCAGCAGUGAUGAUUAUGCACUGAGAAGUCAGAUACAUGAGCCAAGACAAUGUUAACCAUAUGUAAAGCAUAUCUGGGAACAUGGAAUUAAACUCCCAUUCAGUUUAGACAUUUUCAAAUGUCUGCUAAGUUCUUACAGAGCAUGUGCAGACUACUUUCAAUCCAAAAUCAAGGUCUGUAGCUUUUAGCAUUUUUUCCAUGUUCAUGACUAUGUGCAGCUUUCUGCUUUUUGGUCAAACCCAUUAUUCUCGCUAAGAUUGGAUAUCAUCAGCCAUGUACUGAUUAGUACAGAGUCAGAGGCUGGGAAAGGAAGGCCAACAUCUGGCUGUCACACUCUCUUUUCCUCGAAUGACAAAUCAGGCUUCUAUCUUGGCAGUGCACUGUGUUUUGUUACUUUAUUGGCAUGGGCAGUGCCAGCCUGACGUUUGUCUUGAGUGCAGAUUUUAAGCAGCAGGUGCCAAUAGAAAGAGAUCAUUUUCAAUUUCAUAAAUUAUUUGUGAAAUUAUGCAAGCUUUAUUUUCAUAUGACAUCAUGCAAUAAUGUGGUUUGUUUUAUUCAUUGAAUGGUUUACAUAGCUUUAAAAAAAGUGUAUAAGAGUGCCAUCUUGCAACUGUUACAUCGUUUUAAAGUUUAACAAACCCAGGCUGGCUAAUUCUGUGCAUAAAAAAUGAUUUGUGUAUUAUUUGGUAUCUAUGAAGGCAUGAAAUGAAAUCCA